GGACAUUUUUUUUUCCUGAAAGCCCUGCCGCUUAAAACCAGGACUGCGGCUCUAGUGAGCUACCAUUUGGAAGCAGGAAGUGUCGUGAGUCUCUUUUUUUCCUCCCUCUCUCCACCUUCUUAUUGCAAGCUCGAGAUCACCCCACGGCAAAAGCAAGACCAUGAGGGAGAUUGUUCACCUGCAGGCCGGUCAGUGCGGAAACCAGAUCGGCGCCAAGUUCUGGGAGGUGAUCAGCGAUGAGCACGGGAUCGACCCGACGGGCACCUACCAUGGCGACAGUGAUCUCCAGCUGGAGAGGAUCAACGUCUAUUACAAUGAGGCCUCAGGUGGCAAGUACGUGCCCCGUGCCGUCCUGGUGGACCUGGAGCCUGGCACCAUGGACUCUGUGCGAUCUGGGCCCUUCGGACAGAUCUUCAGGCCGGACAACUUCGUCUUCGGCCAGAGCGGUGCUGGCAACAACUGGGCGAAGGGUCACUACACUGAGGGCGCGGAGCUGGUGGACUCCGUCCUGGAUGUGGUGAGGAAGGAGGCCGAGAGCUGCGACUGUUUGCAGGGCUUCCAGCUCACACACUCCCUUGGGGGUGGCACUGGCUCGGGCAUGGGGACCCUGCUGAUUAGUAAGAUCCGCGAGGAGUACCCCGACCGCAUCAUGAACACGUUCAGCGUGGUGCCCUCUCCCAAAGUGUCGGACACUGUUGUCGAGCCCUACAACGCCACGCUGUCGGUGCACCAGCUGGUGGAGAACACGGACGAGACCUUCUGCAUCGACAACGAGGCCCUGUACGAUAUCUGCUUCCGCACGCUCAAGCUGACCACGCCGACGUACGGAGACCUGAACCACCUGGUGUCGGCCACCAUGAGCGGCGUCACCACCUGCCUGCGCUUCCCCGGCCAGCUGAAUGCAGAUCUGCGCAAGCUGGCCGUCAACAUGGUCCCCUUCCCCCGUCUGCACUUCUUCAUGCCCGGCUUUGCCCCCCUCACCAGCAGAGGGAGCCAGCAGUACCGUGCCCUCACGGUCCCAGAGCUCACCCAGCAGAUGUUCGAUGCCAAGAACAUGAUGGCGGCCUGCGACCCGCGUCAUGGCCGCUACCUGACGGUGGCCGCCGUCUUCCGAGGGCGCAUGUCCAUGAAGGAGGUGGACGAGCAGAUGCUGAACGUGCAGAACAAGAACAGCAGCUACUUCGUGGAAUGGAUCCCCAACAACGUGAAGACGGCCGUCUGCGACAUCCCUCCUCGUGGCCUCAAGAUGGCUGCCACCUUCAUCGGCAACAGCACCGCCAUCCAGGAGCUGUUCAAGCGCAUCUCUGAGCAGUUCACCGCCAUGUUCAGGCGCAAGGCCUUCCUGCACUGGUACACCGGAGAGGGCAUGGACGAGAUGGAGUUCACGGAGGCCGAGAGCAACAUGAACGACCUGGUGUCCGAGUACCAGCAGUACCAGGAUGCCACCGCGGAAGAGGAGGGCGAGUUUGAGGAGGAGGAGGGAGAGGAAGUGGCCUAAGCUAUUUGUUUUUAAAACCAUUCUCCUGUUCUGUUUUUUCAACUUUUUAUUUUUCACUUUGCUGUUUCUUAAUGUUACCUGGCUUUGUCUAUCAGCUCAAUCUGUACAGAUGGAAAUCCUCAAUAAAAAGAGCUCAUUUGAUAGUCCA